CCGGUUCCACCAUCUCGGGCGUAGACCGCCGCUAGACCCCCACCCCCUCUGGCCCUCCCGUCCCCUCCCCCGCCGGCCACCCCCAUCGCCCCCGCCGCCGGCGACCGGCACGCUCCCUCCCGCCCUUCCCCAUGCAGGAAUCCUGAACCCGUGGCGCUGCUAUGCUGAGAAGAGAGUUCUAGCUGCCGGCGUCCAGUGGGCUCGGCGAGGGCAGCGCGCCUCGAGGCCGAGGGCGGAGAGGCGCGGGCGCCGCAGGCCAAGGGUUAAGACUGUCACCGAGCUCCAGGCGGCGUCCCGCGGGUCGGCGAGGCGCCGCGGCGACCAACCGGCUCCGGGGGCGGUUUUUCCUUUUGUGCGCAGUUGACUCAUUGAUGGAGCUAGCUGGGUAGUGGGUAGAAAUGGAUAGCAAUCAAGAUUUCCAAGAAGAGAGGCAUCAGAGAAGGGAGAAUGGUGAAGAGACAGAAAAGGCAGCUGAUUAUGGAAAUGCUUUGAGUCGCAAGGAGGCAACAGAAGAGCUCCUUGGUUGCGUAGUCCAUAGUGAGGAAGAGGCAUACAGAUUGUACUGUGACUAUGGGCAUCGAAUCGGUUUUAGUGUGCGGAAGGGCAAGCAGUCUUACUUUAUUGGUACCAAGAAUAUUCGAACAAAGGACUACUACUGCUCAAAGGAAGGGCUUAAGUAUGAUGAGCCUGUUACAGAAGCAAAUUUCAAUCGACCAGACACAAGAACUAAUUGCAAAGCAAUGAUCCGCUUUAGAGUUGACGAGAAGGGGCGAUGGACAGUUAUACGCUUUGUUCCUGUGCAUAAUCACCAAUUGGCGAAACCUGGGGAAAGGCACAUGCUGAGGUCAGCCAAGUCGCUAGCUGUUGGCAAAUCAGGUGUCAUAGAUCCAUCAGCAUCUACAGAGUCACAUCCAAUAAAUGGUUUCUCUGACACGAUCGAAGGCGGUACACCUGAGAAUUCAGGGUACACUAUAAGGGAGUGUUACAAUCAAGUGGGCAUGCAGGGUAUAACAGUAAUUGAGGCAGGAGACGGCCAAAACCUUGUCAGUUAUUUCAAGCGUAGAACCAACGAGGAAGGCAUGUUCUAUUGGGAUGUCCAAGUCGAUCAAGAAGGGCGCAUGACUAACUUCUUCUACAGAGAUGGUAAAUGUAGAAAUGAUUAUGACUGCUUUGGAGAUGCUAUUAUAUUUGAUACAACCUACCGCACGAAUAAAUAUAACUUGAUAUGUGCUCCAUUUGUUGGUGUUGACCACCACUGGCAGAAUGUUGUUUUCGGUUGUGCAUUCUUGUUAGAUGAGUCUGUAGCUUCCUAUGUUUGGGUAUUUAAAUCGUUCUUGGAGUCAAUGGGAGGCCAAUCACCAAAAUCAAUAUUCACUGAUCAGGAUGAAGCUAUUAUGCAGGCAAUUGAGCAGGUUUUCCCUAACACACAACAUUGCUUUUCCUACUGGCAUAUUCUGAAGAAUGCACAAUCUCAUUUAGGCUCACUAAAUACAUCGCAAGCAUUUCAAACUUUGUUUACCAAGUGUAUGCAAGGAUCUGACUCAGAAGAGGAUUUUGAGGAAUCAUGGACUGCAAUGCUUCGUGAAUACAAACUACAGGAUAAUAGCUGGCUGAUUGACCUUCAUAGGUUCCGCCAUAAAUGGUGCUCAGCAUUUAACAAAGAUACCUUUGAUGGUGGGAUUAAUUCUUCUCAGUGGGGGGAGGUUUCAAAUAAUAUUCUCAGUGGAAUUUCUGAUGAAAAUACCUCUCUUACACGUUUUGCCCUCUUACUAGAAAAGGUUGUCAAGGAUCUACGUAGAAAUGAAUCUGAAGAGGAUUUUCGCUGUAGCCAAACUGCUCCAGUUCGUGCAGUUAAGCAUAGUACAGUUCUGAAGCAGGCUGCAGAAUCAUAUACACAUCGGAUCUACAAAUUAUUUGAGGCAGAAUUUCUGGAUGGAUGUGGAGCAACUUCAUGCCAUGAAACUUCAAGUGGUGGAAAUUUAUUGAGGUUUGAAAUUACGAUGCAGGGGAGAGGUUCAAAAGUAUGGGCAGUUGCUCUUGACACUUCCACCAUGGAGAUCACUUGUGCUUGCAGAAAAUUUGAAAGGAUGGGUCUUCUUUGUUCACAUGCCCUCAAAGUCUUGACCCUGCAGAAUGUGGACACAAUUCCAGAAAAAUAUGUUUUGCAACGCUGGACGAAAGAUGCCAGGAGAAGCAUGUAUAAACUUACUCAAGAUGAUUCAACCCAACAGGAAUGCACAGAGGCUGAACUUGCAUAUCGCAAUCGGGCAAUGCAGUACGCAUAUAACCUAAUUAUUAAGAGCCAAGAAUUGGAAGAAUCAAGAAAAAUAUUCUGGGACUCCCUUGAAACUGGAGAGAAGGCGCUGGAAGUAUUCUUUGAAAUGAGAAGCAUGCGCAGUCAAGCUGCCAAAGAUGCUAGUAAUAAAGAGAAAAAGAAGAAAAAACCAACAAAAGGACCAAGCUCAAAAAAAGCAAAACAAGCCCCAGCAGCUUCCUCAACUGACCUGGAGCUAAGUGUCCAAACUAAUGAGCAUCAAUAUCAAUCUUCACAAGAUGCUCAGGGUAAUGCAACAAUUGGAAGGCCAUAUUACUAUCAGCAGGCUUAUCCAACUGCCCCUAUCCAACCAAACCAGAUGUAUAUGCAUCCAAAUAUGCACACAAUGCCCCUGUGCACACAACAGCAGGAUCAUCUGUCUGCAUAUGCUGCAGUACGGCCCAAUUCAAAUUUUGCUGGUGCAAAGAACGUUUGAAGGAUACUAAGGUUCCUCUGGGUGUUGCUGGAAAACCUUUUUCAGGGAAUGCCGCUACCGACUCCAGCUUGAACUCUGUCAACUGUUUAUCAAGGCCUGGCGGUUCUUUGGUUGAUUCAUGAUCCCUCCUUGCUGGUCUUCAGGAAAGUAGCUAUCCGGGCUGUUGCCAUUCAACCUCUUCUGCACAGAGCAGUGGCUUGCUAUUAUGUCUCAGGCAGGCAAUUCUAGGCUUGUAAAUUGUAAGUCAUGAGAGAGCGAGAGUUGGGUCAUAUUACAUUUCUGCAGGAUCGGAAUCCAGCUGCAAACUAUACAGAUGUAGGGACCGAUUCUCUUGGGUAAAAAGUUGUCUCAGCUCCAACACAAGCCCGUCAGAUGGCACCAGGCACCUGCUCAGCUCACCUCCUGGGCUUCUGGCAUGUGGACAUGUGGUGGCCGUUCUUCAGAACCGACAGAGAUCUCCAUUCCUGCAUGAGUCGAUCUUCACUUGAGCAGCAGAGUCGCUGUACGUGGAACGGUGGAAGCAAGCAGCAGGGCGGGGACCAUCUGGCUGCCGGCGUUGGCUGGGGAGCUCCCCGGCCAGCAUGGGCGGCGCAUUUGAGCUGACGCUGAUCUCUGUCUUUUGGGUAUGGAUUCUGAAUCGUAGUGUACCCUGCUGUGCUGGCUACAUGUUGGUGGAAUGUAAUCUGUUGUGAGUUGUGACCCUUACUCCUGGUCGACGGGAUGAAGAGAAAAACUGAUCCCGGGAACAUGAGACGGCAUCUGGUCUUGGGACGCUUUCUUUCUUGGUUAGUGCUGAUCAGAGCUGCACGACAGCUUAUUAUUUGGUCGGCGGUGAGACGACACGCCGGCUGGUGCCGGACUCAGGUGGCGGCGUGCUCACAACGGCCGCCCGUUCCCUGGCCGGGCCUCGGUGGCGGCUGACGGAGUUAGAGGAGGCGCCGGCGGAGCCAGCAGCUUGCAGGGCUGGCGGGCUUCUUGAGCCUGGGCACUGGGCGUGGUGGCUGGGCAUAACUCGCCGUCACUGUGACAGGAUCAACAAGGAGUAGCUAACUAAUAGAACAUGACUAUAGAAUAUAGAUGGGAGAUUUCAGAUUAAUUAGUGUUAAUAAGUGCUGUGGAGUGGUGGUGAUGGUGAGAUUACUACUACAGAGUACAGUCUAGAGUAGGACUGGACACUUGCAAUUCCUGAUGGCUACUUCGAUAUACAAGCAGCUACUACUUUUACAUA